AUGGGGGAUGGACUUCUCUCUCUUUCCCAGUUCCUGAGGCGGCAGCAGGUUCUCCAGCUGUACAGGAAGAUCCUGCGGGCUAUCCGCGAUGUCCCUGCGGAAGCGGAUCGCCGCUAUUUGAAGGACUGGGCCAGGGAAGAAUUCAGAAGAAACAAAGGUGCUACAGAAGAG